AUGCGUGGGAAUUGUGGGCAGUUUGGUAACUUGCAGCUGCUUUCAAUUGGCGUAACUGUCGGACCAAUGCUUUUCAAAGCCUCUGUGGCCUUGCCUUUACUGCUGACAUUCGCCCACGGUGCCUUUAUCCGUCGCUGGCCGUGUGAUCUUGAUGACGAUGUUUUGAGUGGAUAUCAAUUCGACCCUCGGUCGCUACGGGGGUCCCUGGACCUUGGAGAUGGCAACAUCACCCUCUUCCUUCAGAUGGCGGGGGAUUUCAUACACGAUGAUUGCGACGAAUUGCAUGGGGCGUCCGCUGCACUUGGGGUCGAUGCACGAGUCUUAGGAAGCUCGGUCGUACAUGGCAAUCCGUCCUGGAUCGAUGGAGCAUGCCCAACGCUGUCACCAAAGGAAAAUCCGAGAUAUGAUGCACGAACAUAUGCGGUAUACAAGGCGUCCUUUGCUUUGGACCAGACGUUCCGCUUCCGCACCCUAGAUACAGAGAUCAAAUUACGGCUCAACGAUACUGACAUCGCUUGUCUCCAAGCCCAUAUCACUCCAGAUUUUGGGCCAUCAAUCUCGGGAGCCCUCAUGGGCGUACCAUUGGCAGUCAUGAUCCUGUCCGGGAUAGCCACAGGCGCCGUUCGAAGAUACCAGAAACGCCGCAGUCGCACAUUCCGGUACGAACUCGAAAAUAAUUCGCAAGAUCCAGCCGACACCUCUCUACCAGGCCUCGGGCCGUGUCUGCACUAUAUCCAAUUCGUCUUCCUCACGGGCUGUCUGACUCUGCCGUAUCCUGGCUUCUUUCGCGCGGCCGUUAGCCAUCUGGCUUGGUCCUCGCUGAUAUUCCGCAACUGGCCUGUCACACAUCAGUUUGCCUAUCCUGGUAUUGAGGAUGGCAUUUAUAGCGCGAACGCGACUUACGGAAUCGAAGAAAUGGCGCAGUAUCUCGGGAGCACGACGACGAGCGAUCUGUGGACGAACUCGCUGGUCAACCUGGUUCUUGUCGGUCUUGGUAUGAUCGUGGCGAUUCUGGGAGCAUCCGGAUAUAGAUACCUGCGCCAGAUACACCAAUCUCCGGGCAAUUUGCAACCCACGGCCUACCUCCAGACGGAAAUGCCUUUCCUUCUCCGCCGGACGGGCUGGACCAUCUCGCGCCUUGUCCUCGACUACACCCUGCACCCGCUCAUCUCCUUCUCCCUCUUCCAAGCACACAGCGCCCGCUGGUACCCAGGCCACACGUCCAUGGCCAUGAUCGUCGUCGCCGUACUGGCUGCUCUUCGCGUCUUGCUUAUUCGCCACCUCGUCAAGACAAAUCGGCUAUCUUUCCUCUUUAAUACCUCCGCCCCAGGACCUCCUCUCAACAUCACCUGCUGGGCCCUGUUAUAUGGCGCCCCCUUCAUGCGCGGCCUUGCGAUAGGUGGCGUACAACAAUCUGGACUCGCUCAGAUGAUCGUUCUUAUCGGGUGCGAGGCGCUUGUUCUUGGCCAUGCGGUCUGGUAUUGGUUCACUGCGAAAUCGUCAUGGCGGUACACCUUCUUUGCACUUGCGAGGCUGGCUACUGUUUGCAUGAGCUGUGUCUUCCUUGCCCAGGUUGCGGCUUCUGAGCGGAAAAGGGCAAUUGUCGCUUAUUCCAUAUUGGUUCUGCAUGCCAUGGUCCUUGUCGUUGGGUUCGUGGUCGACUGUGUCUGGGAGCCGCUGCGCUAUGUAUUGUACCAGCUUGGCCUGGUUGAGGAGGUUUCGCAGCGAGAAGAUACGACGAAGCCGCCGGUCUUUGGCAUCAAGCAGCUCGCGCACAGAUCAACGAGGCGCGUUUCUUUCGGGCGCUUUCCAGCGCUUGAUCCGGAUGCACACUCUCUAGCCGACUCUCCGCCCCGCCCGCAUACCAGAGAGUCAUCAUCCAUCCGCCAUGCUUCUGCAGAAUACGCCCCCAACACCAGAACCAGCUCCUCGUUCCGGGCCCCUCGGUCUCAAAAGUCAUACGGUAGCGAGAACCCCCUGUGGCCAGGGUACGCUCCUCGAGACAGCAACUCGACCGAGUCCGGACUCGAUACAGUGGAACUACAGUCACUGGAUACGAGUACCGAUAGUUCAGGCGCUGUGAACAAUUCAGAGUAUUAUUCGCAGCGCGAGUCGGAUCAGUAUUAUAGUUGGGGAAGGCGGCAGGCUUCUACGGCUACUAGGAGGGUCGAUGAGAGGGUCGAUGAGAGUCCUUCGGAUCAUAGGGGUAGUUCUCCGUGGGGAUGGCUGUGGAGAAGGAAACCGCGGAAGACGCAGGACAGGGGGUUUGAAGUUAUCAGGCCCUCUGCAGUGAGACCGGGGGUUCCAUAG